AUCAGUACAUAAAAUCUAGCAUAAACAAAUAUAAUAAUUUUUGUUUUGUUUUAAUUAAAAUAAGGAAUUACUUAAAAAAUCAUGAAUUACAUUAAUGAAUUAUUUGUCAGUAUUGGUCAAAGUAAAUCCGGUCUCUUUACAUUCUUAUCUUAAUAUGCAAAUGUUUAAUACUAUAUUAUAAUUUCGGGGUGUAACGAUUCAUCUGCUACAUCGAUGUAUCGAUUUAUUUUCCUUUGAUCUAACUACAUCGAUCUGUGUUCGGGAAGUUGCCAUUCCGGAUGACGUAUAUCGUUCUUACAUCGUUUAAAAGGUAAUCAAUCGAUCGCAUCGAUACUGGGAAAUAAAUCAUUGGAUUUGAGCACGGCAGGCUUUGUAUGGAUGUGUGGGGGGUUUUUUUAGCACUUUUAAUGACUAAGACGUUAAACGUUACUCGAUUCAGUCUGCCUGUCUGACGUCAUCGCCACGUGCCAGCAGACAACAAAAGGUAGCAUGGCAGAUGGCAGAGGACAAGCUGGCGAGCGAUAAAUAAUGAAGUGUGUGGAAACAGAUCGUGUUGAUCGGUUGAUAAUUUUGAAAAAAAAAACUGUAGAAACAUUGAAGAGUAGUUAGUUACACUUGAUCUUUUGUUAAAUAUCGGCACAAUGCUGUUUGUUUGUUAAAAUGAGAGAAGUAGCAGGUGCAGCCACUGCUCAUUUAACCUGAGAAGAGGUUGGUUGCACUUCAUUCAAAUAAAACAUGAAUGCAUUUGCCUUUAAUUGUUGUUUACUUUUUUCUUUAUAUCCAUAAUUCAUUUAUACCUGAUUCCCUUACGAAAAACAACGGCAAUCUAGGAAACCUCACCUGCACUGUCCUGUAUCCAGGUAUUUAUUUCACAGAAUUUUUGGCUCAAAAGUUACUGAAUAGCUUUAAAAUUACUGAAUCGAUUUGGAAUGUAUCGUUCUAAAUGAACCAAUAUCGUCUUUGAAUGUCUCGUGAUAUGAAUCGAAUCGUCAUGAAUGAAUCGUUACACCCCACAUUAUAAUUACAUCUCAAAUAAAAUCAUUUCAACAAAAAUGAAACAAUAUAUCAUGGCUAUUUUUUUAGUUUGCUGGAAUAUUUCAAAACAACAUAUUUUAUUGUGCAAAACUAAGCUAUAUGUUUUUUGUAACACCUAAUACCACAUUUUUAUUACAUAUAAAAUGAUUAUUUUGAAACACAAAUAACAAUACCUUGUUCCUACAAACCCAAAUCUGCAUGUAUGUGUAAUAUUCUGAAUGAUAAUAUAUUAUCAGUACAUCAAAUACAGCAUAAAUAACCCAAUAAUAAUUAUAUUCAGCAUUGGUUAAUCAAAGUAAAGCCUGCAGUCUCUCACAUUCAUCUUAAGCUGCGAAUGAAAUGACUUUGUUUUGCUUGACAACUGAACUUUGUGUUGUGCUUUUCCUGUGUUUUCUUGCACGGUGCACAAAGCCGGGCUGCACAUGAAUGUGGAUCGGCGAUGUAAAUGCGGACGAGCAUCAGCUUUGACGUGCAAAUACUUGUGAUGCGCUGAGAUGGCUGGUUGGAAUGUCUUAUAAAGCUCAGCCUACCUCCUCGGGGUCUGCAUCACUCCUGAUCUUCCAUCUAGCAGCAUGCAGACCACCAACGACAAGGUCAGAGCUCUGCUGCCUCCGGCUGGCGACGUGUUCAGGAGGAGCACCACCUACUUGGCCAGGAUCGCCGUCGUCCUGCAGGAUGCGCCGGACAAAAUGCUCACCUUUGCACAGUUGAUGGACAGGCUGGGACCGCUGAUCCGAGAAGACAGGAAGUCUAUCAAGAACAACAUCAGAGUGUGUUUGUCCACCAGCAAAUGUUUUGUCAAGAUUCCGCUGUUUCGCAACUCUGUGGGCAGCAAGAGAAACUUCUGGAAACUGGACCUGAGUCAGCUCACCAGUAAAAUGGUGCGCCGUCACUUCAAGGACGUGCUGGACUUCUUCCCCGAAUUGACCUCCAGAGGGGAGGACGCCGAGAACGCGGGUGUCCUCCCCACCUCCCCCGAGGCGAGCUCCUGUGACUCGGUUCAGAUCCGAUGCGAGGUCAAGUUCAGCGGUCCAUUCUCCAUAGAGUCCCUCCUGAAACGGGACAGCCCCGCCUCUAGAGACCCAUCGCGGUGCAGCAUGCCCAUCCUAGCCGAGCAGCAUCAGCAUCAGCAUCACUCAGCGUUGCUGCCCCAGAAGAGGCGCCCCAUCUGGGACCCUGAGGAGCACCUCUGCAUGCACUUUUCCACCGCAAGUCCCUCCACGUGUCCAGCAGGGGGCAGCACACACCACGUGGAUAGAGGCGCCAAGUUCAGCAAGAGGAUGCAUAUGGAGCCCGCCUUCCCUGUGUACUCCAGACUGGGGGGCGGGGCUUACCUCAACAGCAGUUACACCCCUUACAUUGCCUUCACCCACGAUGCUCACCGCUUUCGCUUGUGACCUUUUCUCUUUCUUUCUUUUUUUUUUUAAAAUGCAAACUUUUAUAUGUUUCAUGUUGUGGGACAAAGAAUCCACGCAGGACCUCAUGAAUGUGUCUCAGUGCGUCAAAAAUGAUUUUUGUUGAAGGCUCAGGACUAAAACGGGCCCCCAGAAGCGGGCCUGCGUUCUUUUUAUUUAUUCUUGCAGGUUAACGAACGCCCUUUCAUUGUGUCGUGGCAGUUUGAUGAUAUAUAUUUUUAUUACUGCAGUCUUCUGCCUGCCUUCAUAUUCCAAAUGAA